UCUGAACUUUGAUAUGUUUAUGUCGUGAAGUGUUACAGUAUAAGGAAAUCAGAUGAGUGUCCAGAGUGCUGUGCCUCGUCUCAGGACUGUAGUUACUUUAGGGUGUAUUGUUCUGGUCUGCGUCUUUUACUGGGACGUCAUCAUUCUCAACAAACUCUACAACUUUAGACGAGCAGCGUCCGCCUCUGGUCUCAAAAAUCCUUCUUUCGGAUUGUCCUGGGAAUGUGUGGAAGGAGACUAUGGGAUAAAAGUGUGCCAGAAAGUUAUGAAGGAACAAUCAUUCUCAUCGAUGUCCCUCCUAUCUUGCCAGAUGACUUGUUCUCCAGGAAGAAACAUUUGGCCGACACCAACAGGGGAAGUGAGAAUAUCCAACACUACCGCGUCGUUCCAUCCAAGAAAUCUGAAUAUAGAAUUUGAACCCGUCAACAAUCUUGAUCUUGCCAUUCUGCUCAAGAAGGCUGCAAUACGUUUUCAAGAGAGAAUUGUAAAUAUGGCGACGAAUUCACACGCUCGUCCAACAGUAAUGGCAGUAAACGUUGAUAUUAACGUUAACUCAAACAAAUCAGAGGGUUCCAAAAUAAACGUCGACGAGAGCUAUAAAAUUAUUAUCGCCCAAAAAGGAUUGAUCUUGAACGCAAUAAUCCUAGCCUCGUCGUUUCAAGGAGCUCACCAUGGACUGGAAACAUUAACUCAACUUAUUUGGUGGGAAGAAGAUGAUCACAUUUUAAAGAUUAUGAAUAGUGUUGUCAUCAGUGACUCUCCAAUAUUUACGUAUCGUGGUUUAAUGCUGGACACAAGUAAUGAUUUCAUUCCUGUUGCAUUCAUUUUAGACACUGUUAAUGCCAUGUCUAUGAGUAAGUUGAAUGUCUUUCAUUGGCAUCUAACGGGAUCAAAAGGGUUUCCUUAUGAAUCAAAAAGCUUUCCAAUGUUUACAAGUGGGGUGCCCUCUAAGGAAGUUUAUACAGUUAAGGAUGUUGAAAAUGUGGCAAAGUUUUCUGAGGAACGAGGAGUGACCGUAUUGGUGGAAAUCGACUUUCCGUCUCACAACAGUCAAGGAUGGGAUUGGGGUGAAUCAGAAGGUAAAGGGAAUCUUUCAUUGUGUUUAAACGCUCAGCCAUUUUCGGAAUUCUGCGCAGAACCACCCUGUGGUCAAAUAAACCCAACAAACCAAAACACCUUUUCAGUUCUCGUUGAAUUAAUAAAGGAACUCAAACAAGCAACAAAAUCGGGUUUAGUUCAUCUUGGAGGAGAUGAAGUGGAUUUCCGAUGUUGGGAAAGCUCCGAAGAAGUGACAAACUUCGACGUAUACAUUAAAAAGGGUGUAAUCGGAGUCUGGGAGCACUUUUAUAAAACAUUGUUAAACAAAAUGAAAAACGAAGUAAACGUGAAAAAUGUAAUUCUAUGGUCCAAUGAUUUCCUAGAGGAAUCAGAUUUCUGGAAGACGGUCAAACAAGUUACUCCCAUAGUUCAAUCGAAAGGUCCUUCUACGUCCGGAGAGCUUGAGAGACUGGUGAAGAAGAAGUUCAAGGUAAUAGUGUCUUCGAGCGAUGCCUGGGAUCUUACUCAGCCUCAGCCGUGGAUGCCGGUUUACAAUUAUCAUCCGUGGUCCGAGUUGAGUCAGGUCGAUAGAAGAUUCGUUCUUGGAGGUUGUGCUAUUGUAUUCACAGACCUUGUAGAUCACCACUCUCUCCGGCCCACAGUUUGGCCUGCAGCCGCCGCCAUGGCAGAGCGACUUUGGACAGAUCCAUCGCCCAACAACCCCAUGGACCGCCUGGCAAUGUUUAGGGAGAGGCUGGAACUUCUUGGGGUGAAGAGCUCUCCAGUUGCACCUCAAUGGUGCUUACAAAACCCUGGCCAAUGUUUGUGAGAGUGUUACUCAAAGUAUGAAAUUGUAGAGGAGACUUAGACAGGAGUGCACAUUCAACGUAAAAGUUUCGCUUGGAAACUGUUGGUGUUCUAUUUUUAUCACUUGAAGA